AUUCCGCUUUCCCCUUCCCCACCCUACAAAUCAGGAAUUGCCGCUACAUAAUUCAAUUAACAAGGGCAUGUGAUCGGAAACCGCAUCGAAGUAAUGCGUUCGAAGAACUAAGGAAAGACUAGACCUUGUCUUAUAGGUUCAUGCGAACCUCACCGGAGAUGGAGAUGGAACUUCCAAUUAUCCCACGACGAUCGACCAGACGCCGUAAUGUCUUCAUUGUCGUUAUUUUAGUUGUUCUUUUCUCAGUUGCGGCGUUUCUUAUAGGUUAUUUCGCAGUGAAGGCUGAAAAAGGUACUGCAAUAUGCCGAACCGCUAAUGGAGCACCCGGCAAGGAAAAAUACCACGAGAUGUUUCAAGGGGAGAUACAGGCGAAAAACAUCGAAGAAAACCUCAGGUUUAUUACUUCCGAGCCUCACAUGGCUGGAUCGCAGCGUCAGCGUGACCUUGCUGAACAUAUCGCAGAAAAUUGGAGGACGUAUGGGUUUGAUGCAGUAGAAAUGCCGGAGUACAAAGUGCCACUCUCUCUCCCUCAGGAGAACAAUUCAAACAAAGUAGAAGUUGUUGUGAACGGGACUAUCGCUCAUACAAUUACAGGGAAAAUUAAGGCAAAACCUGAGCCUACUGCAACGAAAGCAUUUGACCAUUUUCCGUAUUUUGCUUACUCACCAAACGGAACUGUUGAGGGUGAACUUGUAUACAUUAAUAAAGGAUCUAAGGCUGACAUCGCUCUUCUCAACCAUAACAAUGUGUCUUUAACAAACAAAAUUGUCAUCGCAAGAGGAAUUCAAGCACAGAUUCACCUGGCGGCCAGACUUGGUGCUGUUGGAGCACUAAUAUUUCCAGACGUGCACUCAUCCAGACCAAAUAAUACCUACCCUUACACAUCAAAGAUCUCUGGUGACGCUGUAUUCGAAAAAACAGUGGCCACAAAUUGGGGUGACUCACGCACUCCCGAGAUUCCAUCUAUUGACGGGUUGUACCGAGGUGCCAGAAAUAUGACUGCUUUCGGAAAAAUACCAUCACAGCCCAUCUCCUACAACGAUGCUCUGGUAUUGCUGAAACAGCUUCGAGGGAAUCCUGUACCCAGAGAUUGGCAAGGAGCUCUAAAAUUUUCUUUUGGAUUUGGUCCUGGUUUUCGGACGCCUAACAGCACCGCGCGACUUCAUGUUAAUAACGCAGUAGAAAUAAAAUCCAUUUAUAAUGUUAUUGGAACAAUUUAUGGUCGUGAGGAACCAGACAGAUACGUAUUA